AUGCACGACACGAUACGCAAUCAGUUGGAUCAAGAUGGGUACGUGGUGCUGGAAGAUUUCCUUCUGCCCACGGAGUGCGACGAGUUAGUCGCUGUAGCGACGGACUUCACUAAGGAAGUUGCCGAUACAAACCCGAAGCCAAUAUUUUCAACUGUCGAUGCCGAUCAGUUGCAACUCAAAGACAAAUACUUCGUCGACAGUAGCGACAAAAUAAGCUUUUUUUUUGAAGCGGAAGCCGUUGAUGCCAACGGCGACCUUAAAGUUGAUCCUAGCGUUUCAUUAAACAAGGUGGGUCACGCACUGCACUUUUUGCACCCGAUCUUCAGAUGUUACACAUACAGCGAACGCGUCAAACGAGUCUGCAAGGAACUUGGCUUGGUAAAGCCGUCUGUAGUGCAAAGCAUGUAUAUUUACAAAAAUCCCGGAAUUGGAAGUGAAGUUAUACCGCAUCAAGACUCGACGUAUUUGCACACUGAACCGAUUGUGCCCAUCGGGUUUUGGAUCGCCCUGCAGGACGCGUGCUUGUCCAAUGGCUGCCUCUGGAUCGCCAGAGGCUCCCACAAGUCGGGAGUCCACAGACGCCUCGUCCGGAACCCGGACACAGAGUCCAAACAGGCACUCAUCUACGACAGACCCGCGCCGCAUUACCCACAGUCAAGUUUCACCGCUGUGCCCGUCCGUAAAGGCACUUGCAUCAUAUUACAUGGGAACGUGGUUCACAAAAGCGCUCACAACAAAUCAGAGAACAGUCGCCAUGCAUACACCUUCCAUGUGAUUGAAAAACAAGGGAACGUCUACUCGCCCGAUAAUUGGCUGCAAGAGGGUCCGGAAGCCCCUUUCCUGGACCUUUAUACGACUCCUAAUGUUAUC